AUGAAAACAUGUUUCCUGACUCCGAGUUUAGGGUCUUAUGUGACAGAUAGGCUCACUUCCCCUGACGGUGAUAAUCCUUCAGCAUGUGACGUGAGCACAGUGUCUGUUCCAUCGACUUCCGAUGCAUCUAACAGGUUGUCUAUCGUAGAAGAGGUUCCAAUUCCUGAUCACCAUACAAUAACUGAAACUCACUCUCUGGCACCGCAAUGUUUAUCUGUAAAUACAGACCAGAUUACUACCACAACACCCUCUCCUACAAGAUCUUUGAGGACUGAAUGUGAGUCACCUUCUCUGUUUGACGAAACAUUCAAUUCUGUAUUUGAACCGGAACUGAGAGAAAACCUCAAAACACCAGUAAACGUUCAUUCUACAGAAGCAAAUGUGCCCCCAUCUUUAUACAAUCUAAACCUUUUCUCAACUUCAUCAGCAACAUUUGAAGAGCUAAGACCCUUUCCAAAAUCGGCACCACUUUUAGAAAAUAGAAGAAAUAUUCGGAAACGUAACAGUACUAUAUAUCCCGACACCCCGGAAAAACUGAGUCUUUUAGAUAUGAAAAACAAAAGAGAAACAUAUAAGAAGAAAAAACAGAUACAAAGGACAGAAUAG